GCUGCCCCGGCUCGGCCACACUGUUCCACCGCUGGCCCCUUUUUGGGGGUGGUUGUGUUUGUGGUUGCAAUGUAGUAUUUUCAGAGCGACGGACCGGACCGGUUUGUUUGCGUUUGGGUGCCUUGAAAAAUCAAUCGUGAGCAGAGCAGAGCGGCAGCAGCAGCAGGAAAAUGGCAUCGGUUCGAGGAAAUUCCCUGUACCAGGGCGUCUACGGGGCUCUGAAGACCCUGCUUCACCUGACGGCGGCCGUGCAAUUCAGCUAUGGCAUCUAUUACGACUACACCUACGUAGAGUUUCCCAUCAGCGAACGGCUACAUCAUCCCUGGGGGGGCAAAUUCAAAUAUCUAACGUUCCUGGAUGCGAUAAUUCAGGCACUGUACUAUAUCGUGUCGCUCGUCAACGAUUUUGUGGGCACCAAUGAGCUGAACCCCAAAAAGCCUCCGGCAGUGCGUCGGUUUAAGGACUGGCUGAUGGCCACAUUGGCCUUUCCGGUGGCCGUCAACGUGGGCGUGUCCUUCUGGACACUCUACGCCAUCGAUAGAGAGCUGGUCUUCCCCAAGGUGCUGGACCCCGUCUUCCCCAGCUGGCUUAACCAUAUCCUCCACACCAACAUCGUGGUCUUCAUCGUCCUGGAGCUGUUCAUCUCGUACCGCUCGUACCCGAAACGCAGUCAGGGACUCGCCGCACUGGCCAUCUUCAUGGGCACCUACCUGGCCUGGAUCCAUGUGGUGAAGCACUACUCCGGCGUGUGGGUCUAUCCGGUGCUGGAGGUCCUUCAGCUGCCGCAGCGUAUCCUGUUCUUCGUGGCCGUCGUGGGAUUCACGCUGUCGCUCUAUCUGCUGGGCGAGUUCCUCAACAACACCGUCUGGGCCAAGGAGGUGAAGCUGGCCAAGCGCAAAUCCAACUAGGAGUAGGCUGUGUCCCGUUUCUGUCCCAUGUAGUCGCGUUUAAUUAGCCACAAAAUACAAAUAACAAUGGACAGGGUCAGUUUCGAUUAUUUAUUUUACUCAGAUGCUCAGAGUAUUGUCAUACUGUCAAGUUGACCGAAGAAGUCGCACAACAUUCAUGCCUGAAAAGUGAAUAAUCGAAUCAUGAUCUUGCCCGAUAAACUCGCUAAUAUAUUUUUCAUACCUAAUGAAUUGUGAAAGUCUUUAAACGUUAAAGAGAAAACCGUUUGCUUAUGAUACUCAUUCUCUAUUCUCUUUGCGAAUUGUAAUUGAGAUUAUAGCCGUAGUUUUACAUUAAGUAGAUGGUGUUACCUUCUCGAUUGCAACAACCUCAUAUCAGGGCACUUCAACACCAACACAAACACCAUCUUUGACAACCUGUGUUACAACCUGUAAUUCAAUUUUAGUAUCGUAAUAAGCCGAUUAAAGUCUUGAUUCAAAAA